GUUUUCACCCAGGUCUCGAUUCUUGGAGCUCAGCUGUGUCUUGUCCGCGUGGAGGCGUGAGCUGGUGCGGAGAGGGACGCUUGAGGCCGGAGGGAGCCAGGAGGGUCGGAGGGGAGCGGGGAGCGAGCGAGCACGGCCGUGGUCCUCAGCCGCCGCGAUGUCAGCGCAGUGCUGUGCGGGCCAGUUGGCUUGCUGCUGUGGGUCUGCUGGCUGCUCCCUGUGCUGCGGCUGCUGCCCCAAGAUCCGACAGUCCCGGAGCACUCGCUUCAUGUACGCAUUCUACUUCAUUCUCGUGUCCAUCCUCUGCUGCAUCAUGAUGUCACAAACCGUGGCUAAUGCGAUGAAAGAGCACAUUCCUUUUUACGAAGACAUUUGUAAAGGUAUUAAAGCUGGUGACACCUGUGAGAAGCUGGUGGGGUAUUCUGCGGUAUAUAGAGUCUGCUUUGGAAUGGCCUGCUUUUUCUUUAUCUUCUGCCUCCUGACGUUCAAUAUCAACAACAGCAAAAGUUGCAGGGCCUAUAUUCACAAUGGCUUUUGGUUCUUCAAGCUUCUGCUGUUGGGGGCCAUGUGCUCAGGAGCUUUCUUUAUUCCGGAUCAGGAGACCUUUCUGAAUGCCUGGCGCUAUGUGGGAGCCGUUGGAGGCUGCAUCUUUAUAGGCAUCCAGCUCUUCCUGCUUGUGGAUUUUGCACAUAAAUGGAAUAAGAACUGGACUGCGGGCACUGUUCACAACAAGCUGUGGUACGCCUCUCUGGCCCUGGUGACACUCAUCAUGUACUCCAUUGCUACUGGAGGCUUGAUUUUGAUGGCAGUGUUUUAUACAAAGAAAGAUGAUUGCACGGAAAACAAAAUUCUCCUGGGGGUAAAUGGAGGCCUGUGUCUGCUUAUUUCACUGGUAGCCAUCUCGCCCUGUGUCCAAGAUCGACAGCCACAUUCCGGGUUACUGCAGUCAGGUCUCAUAAGCUGCUAUGUCACGUAUCUCACUUUCUCAGCGCUGUCCAGCAAACCUGUAGAAGUAGUUCUAGGUAAUGAUGGGAAGAACGUUACGAUCUGUGUGCCUGACUUCGGUCAGGACCUGUACCGAGAUGAAAACUUGGUUACUGGACUGGGUACCACUCUCUUGUUUGCGUGCAUCUUAUAUUCAUGUUUGACAUCGACAACAAGAUCGAGUUCUGAUGCCCUGCAGGGGCGGUAUGCAGCUCCUGAACUGGAGGUAGCUCGGUGUUGCUUUUGCUUCAGUCCCUAUGGAGAGGACAGUGAAGAGCAGAAGAAUAUGAAAGAGGGGCCAGGGGUUAUUUAUGACGAGAAGAGAAGCACCGUCUAUAGCUAUUCCUAUUUCCACUUCGUGUUCUUGUUGGCGUCCCUUUAUGUGAUGAUGACCGUCACCAACUGGUUCAACUAUGAAAGUGCCUACAUUGAAACCUUCUUCAGUGGGAGCUGGUCCAUCUUCUGGGUGAAGAUGGCCUCCUGCUGGAUGUGUGUGCUGUUGUACCUGUGCACGCUGGUUGCGCCCCUCUGCUGUCCCACUCGGCAGUUCUAUGUGUGAGGAUCUGAGCAGUCCCCUUGGUUCUGCAGGCUGGAAAUGACGUCCUUUGAACAAGUCUCCCAAGACACUGAGCAGUGACUGGCGCUUUGCGAAAAGCUGGCAUCCCCUGGCCGGCUUGAGUGUCUGAAAAGGCUUUUAGGAAAAAAAAAAAAAAAAUGACCUGAUGAUCUUUUUAAUUCUGAAAUUCAAACAUACCACAUUAUUCCAGAGGAACUGAAAUUUUCAGCCAAGCUGAUCAUGAGUGAUAAUACAUUUUGUAUGUGUCUUACCCCUAAAAACUGGGAUAGUAGUUAGGUUAGUGUUUUCCUUCUGCGUGUUUUGACCAAAACAGUUUGGGGCACAACAUCUUCUCACAGGGAUAAAAAUUUACCUUGUAUGGCCUAUCAUUUUUAUGCUUGGAGUAGAAAACAUGCCAACAUUUUGAGCCUUCAGCCUCUGACAGAAUGCAGACCCCUCUCCCACGCCUUGGCCUGCAGGACCUGCUCACAGGCCCCUGGUAUUUAUAGGGUACAAGAGGAAGCACCUGUUUUUAACCCCACCCUUGUGCAGCUUCCUCCUGGCCCCCAGCCAUUUCCCUUGAAGCUGUGAUGCCGGGAAUCACAGAGAGCACUCUUUGCCAUUAUCCUCCCCAGGGUUCCCCUCGUCCUUCCCUAGGUUCAGCAUCUUUGUUAUUAAUGUGAAAAAGCACAAUUUGCCAUCACCACCUGUGUGAUUCCCCACCGUAUUAUCCCUACCUGAUCAGAGUCACUGCAAUAAUGAUGACUCUGACUUGUGGUGUUAUGCACGUGAUUACAGAGCAGUAUUCGUGUUGUUUUGUCUAAAUGAUGGAGGACUAUAGUGUUCACUUGUUUGUCCUAUUAAUAGUGAUAAUACUUUAGGACCUGAAAAGCUUCUUCUUGACUGAAGCCUGAUGCACCACUGUUUCAGUUGUUAAGGUCACCCCCUUCUCUUCCACCUUGAGGCCUUGAAAUGGUAAAAGCAAAACAGAUCGGUCCCACAGCCACACUUUGAUGUCCAUUACGGGUGUUUUGGGGUACAUUUGCGGAGGUGAGGAUCACAGGUAGGACCUCAUACAGGGCUGACCAGGUAAGGCCUAUUCCACAACUGGUAGAAGUGACUGAAUACACUUAGGAGAAAAGGUAGGCGAUGGAGGUAUUUAAUGAAGCCAUAAAUAACAUCCACAGAAACUUCCAAAAUAUGUACUUGUAAAGUCAUACUCCUCAGAGAUGGGACAUCGGGCAGUUGCCCAAGAAGAUGUCCAUUUUCAGUGUUGAUGUUCUCAGUCAGGGGCGAGUUUGUGGAAAGUCCAUUAGAGACCCCAGUGGAGACACAGCGGGGACACUCCUGUUAAUAUUUCAUGCAGGAUGGAAAGAACCUUUUCAAAUUCCCUGGCAGAGAGGGUCUGAGAAUGGAAAGACUGGCCUGUGCCCUACUGUGUGGGUUGGACAGAACUGGGUUCCACCUAAGUGAGGCUCCAGCGUGCCACAAUGCUGGUGUGGGAAAUGAGUCAAAUUCUUCAUUUCUACUCCUUUGCUCUCCUUCCAAGAAAAGGGGCGGGAGAAGGGAUAAAUACAGUGGAUGAAUUCCUCUAGGAACUUGCCUUAUUUAACAAUGUCUGAGAUUCGAUUUUAAAAGGCACUCAUUGUGUGUGUACGUGAGAGCCUCAUUUUGUGUACUUGAUCACAUUUCUCUUUUUAGGCAAGGAGUUUUUUGGGCUCAGGAGUUGAAAAUGAUACGGAGUCACAACAUGAAUAGCCACCACGUGCAGCCCCCAUUAAGCCAGUGGGAGUGGAGCUCUGUGGGUCGGGGACCGGUUGAGGGAUUGUGAUUGUAUGUGUAGAAGCAGCUCCUUGGCAGAAGCCACUACAGUGUCUGGUGCAGUGACACGGGGUUUCGAGUAAGAUUGGUUUUAGGAAAGAUCAUGAGAAAAGACAGAUCAACAACGGGAUAUAUCAGCAACUAGUUUUAUGUUUUCUUCCUGCUUGCUGGGUCUGGCAGCCAGCUGUGUGACUUUAGAGCUGGUCCUCACAGGUCAAGGUCAAGCUGACAAGGCUUUGCAUUCCUUGGCUGGCCUUUAUUGGCUCCCUUCCCCUGCAGAAAGAAGCUCAGGGAAACACAAAAGAAGGGACGUUGCCAGUGGCAGGGCCCUCAGAGUUUCCUUCCUUAGCCUGCCCAGCCAGCCCAUGUUUUCCAGCUGCUUAAGAUUUGGUUUGUGGCCUGAAGUUCCUUUCUAAAGUUUGGUCUGACACAAGAGGAGUAGUUAUACUCUCCUGGUUUUUUAUUCUCAACUGAGAAUUUGAGCAAAUUCAUCUGAAUGAUUGAAAGAAAUGUGGAUAUACCCUGAGGACUGUGGGCAUAUAAAUAAGAAGUUGACUAUAAUUAACUGUGAUAAACAAUACUCAGGUGAUGAGUCAACAUUUGUAGGUUUAAAGAACCUACAUAAUUGUGCUAUUGUGAUACUAGAAACUGGAAAAACUGUGCCCGUUGCUUUGAGUUGCUAUAAUGAUUGUACUCAUUUGAUAAAUUCGUUUUUCAAUAAUAGACUUGCUUCCUACAACUUUUUGUACAUGAUUUUACAAGUGCAUUUCCAGAAGCUGCAGGUCAGACUCCUUUAGCAAUACAAGCUGAAGAAGCUUUUAAAACUCGAUAUAUGUAUAUUUCUUCUGUUCAUCCAACCUGGUAAUGUUUUCCCCCUUUCAUUUCCAUCAGUAAAAAAAACACUAAGUGGGGGAAGGGAUUCUUCCAGGAGUGUUGUUGCAUACCUAGACGUGUCACCUGACUGAAGACCAGAGACUUUCUAUCAAAACCUUUCCAGGCACCCUACUUUUGUCCUAACUGGGUCUUACUUUUGUAAAACCUAACUGGUUUUGCUUUUGUCUUCACAUUUUCUUGGGAAAUGGCUUGAAAGAAUUGUUCCCCAGAAGUAUUUGGAGCUCUUGUAGUAUAAAGGACUAUUCUCAUGUGGGCUGUGGGAGAGUGGGGUUACUAGAGAUUUGGGGUUCUGGUGCCCUUCAGGAAUAGCCAGCAGGGGGUUCCCACACCACACUUAUUUCCAGUUCCUCAGAGGUUUCUUCGUUAUGGAUGACUUCUAUGUCGUGCUAACCCUCCACCCCCUCAUUUGUCACCCUCUGCCUUUGUAAAAUUAUGUAUUAAUUUUGGCUAGAAGUUUACUGCCAUUGGUGCUUCAUGUUACCUGCAAAAAGGGAAUUCAAGAGCCUGUAUUUAAGCUGCCUGGGCUUUUUUUUCCCUUGACUGCCUUUCUGAAUAGCAUCUCAUUUUGGUGUGUAUUCGUGUCCUACCCCUCUUAGAAAUGAAAGAGGGUCUAUUCUGUAACUAAGAAGGGUGUGACCUUGGGCUAAGAUCCUGCGUGUCCAGAGAGAACACUGGGCCCUCCUUAAUUAAGAACAGUACAGGAGCCACUUGGUUCAUGGACUUCUCGGUAGGACGUUCUUAAUUUGCUGAUAGCAGUGACUACCUAUGGCUUUGUUCUUAAGGCCACCAUGUUUCGUGCCAUCUUGAAUAUAUUCAUAAAGCCUCAGACAUUUUAAUCUAAUGUUGCAUUUCAGGCAAAAAUGGGCUCUCUAGUUUUAGACUUAUUUCACAGGACAGGAGAACUGUUUACACAGAUCUUUUGAACUAAUGCUAGCCAUUCUAAAGAUCUUUUUUUUUCCUUAUUAUAUCAUUUGCAGAGGUGUUCAUUUUGAAAGGGGGAAAUAUUUGGCUUUUACCAAAGAGGUGGGGUUUUUUUGUUGUUGUUUUAAAGCAAAAUCCUUUCAGCAAAAAUUUAAUUGGGGAAGGGUGGAUUAAGAGCACAUAUGUCCAAAUCCACUUCUGUAAGAGUUUAAUCAUAUUUAUGUGAUUAAAUGAUGGAAGAAUUCUUUAAGGUAAUCCUUUUGGGGUGAAGGAUCCUGGGAAAUUCUCUCAGGUAAAGAAAGCUGUAGCAGAUGUGUAAUAUAUGUCUUGAGAGCUAUUUAUAAGAAAUUUAAAAAGGAUUUUUUCCUUUAUUAAAAUUUUAAGGGUUUUUUUUUAUUUUGCAAAAAAAUUUACAAAAAUUUUAUAGUCAUAACUUUGUUAAUUUUUAAAACUUUUCUUAGACAAUUAGCUGUAGCCAAAUUAUGUGGUUAUGUUUUGCUAUAUUAGAAUUUGAAAAUGUAAUAUGUGUGGUAAAUCUACUGUUUGAAAUUUAUAAUGGUCUCAGAUUCGGUUAGAGUUUUGGUAACUUUUUAAAUAGUUUUUGUCCCUUUAGUCUCAAAGGCAACUAUGGGUUUGUAUUUGUUUUUUGAAUGCUAAUUUUUCUAUGAAGCGUCUUAGGUUAACUGGUCUUCUCCUAUGUAGAAAAUUCAACACUUGUUAACUCUGUAUUUAAUAAAUUUGAAA